CCCACCUCCAUUGAACCUCACUCAAGGCAAACAAGUUUCUCUGACAACAAGUUACAGUUCUUCCUUCCGACAAAACACUCUUUUUAACACCUUAAACCACUUAAAACACAAGCACUCUCGGACCCUUUAUUUCUCUAUUUCAUCACAACAUGGCACCUAAUAUCACCGGUACCAAAGCUGCUGCUGUCCCAGCCGCCACCAAGGCAACGGCUCUCGCCAAGGCUGCAAGCCUUCCCAGAAGGGCUUACGUUACGUUCCUGGCAGGGAACGGGGACUACGUGAAGGGCGUGGUGGGGUUAGCCAAGGGGCUGAGGAAAGUUAAGAGCCAGUACCCACUUCUGGUGGCGAUCUUGCCCGACGUGCCCGAAGAUCACAGGAAGAUUCUGGUGGAUCAGGGGUGCAUAGUCAAGGAGAUUGAGCCUGUGUACCCUCCUGAGAACCAGACCCAGUUCGCCAUGGCCUACUACGUUAUCAACUAUUCCAAAUUACGUAUCUGGGAGUUUGUGGAGUAUUGCAAGAUGAUAUACUUGGACGGAGAUAUCCAAGUGUUUGAGAACAUAGACCACUUGUUUGACAUGGAAGAUGGUUCCUUUUAUGCUGUGAUGGAUUGCUUCUGUGAGAAAACCUGGAGCCACACCCCGCAGUACAAGAUUGGCUACUGCCAGCAGUGCCCUGACAAGGUCCAGUGGCCUUCUCAGCUGGGUCCUAAACCCCCUCUCUACUUCAACGCCGGAAUGUUUGUGUACGAACCCAGCCUUCGUGUCUAUGAUGAGCUCUUGAGAACUCUCAAAGUUACCCCUCCUACCCCUUUUGCUGAGCAGGACUAUCUGAACAUGUUCUUUAGGGACAUUUACAAGCCCAUCCCUCCAGUUUACAACCUGGUCAUGGCCAUGCUGUGGCGCCACCCAGAGAAUAUUGAGCUAGAAAAAGUAAAGGUUGCUCACUACUGUGCUGCUGGCUCCAAGCCGUGGAGGUUUACUGGCAAAGAAGAAAACAUGGACAGGGAAGACAUCAAGAUGCUGGUGUCAAAAUGGUGGGACAUUUACAAUGAUGAGUCACUUGACUACAAAAAUUUCGUGGCUUCUGGCGAAGCAGAAGUUGACCGGGAUGAGCGAACAGGCCUGCAACCAUUUUUGGCAGCUUUGUCAGAGGCUGGUGUUGUUGAUCACUACAUUAACGCCCCAUCCGCUGCUUAGAAGUUUGUGGCGUCCGGUGGUGGCGAUAUAGAUUGCUAUUAACUAAGGUUGUGUAGGGGUGUAAAUGUGUUCUUAAAAAGGUUUCUCUUUAAUGGUUGUUUUCCUGUCCUUCCUUUUUUACAUGGGACAUAUUUUAUCAGGAACCUGAGGAAUAUUACCUCGUGGCCUUGGCUUCCAUUUUUUCUAGUGGUGCUUUGUAAACUGUAUUGAAUUUAAUAUAAAAGGAAUAUUUCUCUACUUUC